GCGCGGGCGGCGGGGCUGAGUUGGUCCCGUUGUGCUGCGGCUCCGCUCGGCCUGCAGUCCCGGGCCCGCGCCCCGCGCUGCCCGCCUGCCAGCCCGCCAUGGAGCCUGGCCCCGACGGCCCCGCCGCCUCCGGCCCCACUGCCAUCCGCGAGGGCUGGUUCCGCGAGACGUGCAGCCUGUGGCCCGGCCAGGCCCUGUCUCUGCAGGUGGAGCAGCUGCUACACCAUCAACGCUCGCGGUAUCAGGAUAUCCUCGUCUUCCGCAGUAAGAGCUACGGCAAUGUGCUGGUGUUGGACGGCGUCAUCCAGUGCACAGAGAGGGAUGAGUUCUCCUACCAGGAGAUGAUAGCCAACCUGCCCCUCUGCAGCCACCCCAACCCACGCAAGGUGCUGAUCAUCGGGGGCGGGGAUGGGGGUGUCCUGCGGGAAGUGGUCAAGCAUUCCUCUGUGGAGUCCGUGGUCCAGUGCGAGAUUGAUGAGGAUGUCAUUCAGGUCUCUAAGAAGUUCCUGCCGGGCAUGGCCGUUGGCUACUCUAGCUCAAAACUGACCCUACAUGUAGGCGACGGUUUUGAGUUCAUGAAACAGAACCAGGACGCCUUUGACAUCAUCAUCACUGAUUCCUCAGACCCCAUGGGCCCUGCUGAGAGUCUCUUCAAGGAGUCCUAUUACCAGCUCAUGAAGACCGCCCUCAAGGAGGAUGGCAUCCUCUGCUGCCAGGGCGAGUGUCAGUGGCUGCACCUGGACCUCAUCAAGGAGAUGCGGCAGUUCUGCAAGUCGCUUUUCCCCGUGGUGGACUACGCCUACUGCACCAUCCCCACGUACCCCAGUGGCCAGAUCGGCUUCAUGCUGUGCAGCAAAAACCCAAGCACCAACUUUCGGGAGCCUGUGCAGCAGCUGACGCAGAAGCAGGUGGAACAGAUGCAGCUGAAAUACUACAACUCCGACGUGCACCAGGCAGCCUUCGUCCUGCCCGAGUUUGCCCGUAAGGCUCUGAAUGAUACGAGCUGAGCCCAGGUGCCGCUGCUGACGCCACCCAGGACCUCGGCCAGGGAGCCUCCAGGGCACCUGGGCCCCCCAGCCCUGGACAAGACCCCUGCUGGCUCACCCACCAGCCAAGUGUUACAGGCCCCAGAAUGCUGCCCGGCCGGCCCCGCCGGGUGGACUGUCUGUCUUUCUCUGUGGCGUUCAGCCGCCAAGCUUAUACCAGCUGUGUACAGUGCCAUCUCCACCUUCUGUCACUCCUCACUCACCAAACACGUGUAUUUAUAACAAAAUUCUGAAUUGUGUGUCCCUGGACCUCAAAUGGUCCCAGGCAGGGGCUGCAUCAGCUAUUCAUGGGUUCCCCGGUGUGCCAGACUCUCCUGGCCCUGCCGUCUGGCCUCUAAGCAGCUGCUGUGUGCAUAGGCAGGCCUGCCUCCCUGUAUAAGCUUGCACCGGUCCUUUGACCUCUGUAGUACCUAGGGACACAACUGGUCAUCAAACGACCCAGAUCUGUCCUGAGAAGCAGGCUUAGUCAUUCCUUCCCCAAGCCCCACACAAGAUUGGUGGUGACACCUGUGGGGCCAGGGCUGGGAGCUUGUUAAGUCAAAGGCUUUGCUUUUCCUUUGGGCUACCUGACAGGGUUCUCAGGAGAAUUUGGGCCAGGUCUCACCCUAGGGUAGAUGCUGGAGGUGACUGCAGCUGGCUGGGGUCCAGCUACUUGGGCCUGCACAUCAGGUGCCUUGACUUGGCUCAGAUUUCAGACCUGGGUUCAAAUCCUGCCUGCCCCUCCUCAUGAGUGUGGCCUCUGGUAAAUUCCUAGAAGCUUCUCAAGUGCUGAGAGGUUGAGAAGGGAGGUGUGGGUUGCCACACCAGGACUGUGGGCACAUGACUGUCCCCUCUCCAAGGUGCUGAACCUCCAGGCACCCCAGCCCUCCUGACUUGCUGGGACUGAGGCUCUGGUGGUGGGACAGGAGCCACCACAACUGGGUGCAGAUUGGGGGAGGGAGCUUCUAGCUUACUCCUACUUCAAGGGGAUUGGCAGGGAAGGUCCCUGCUCCUUGCAAAAGGAUGUCACCAACCUCCACCCCACGUCUGCCCUUAACAGGGCAUGGCCAGAUGAUGUGUUAACAUGGGGGACUUGGGGGUAGGGAAGGGGACAAGGGAGUGGCCCCAACCUGGUGGUGGUUUGAUAACACCCCCAACCCCACCCCUACCCUGGGCAGCCACUUCGGAACCCCCACUCAGCAGGGGCUAAGACUGCAGUCAUAAUGAGCAUGGGGAACAAGGGUCCAGCUUUGCCACCAACUCCUUGCAUGGCCUCGGCCAGUCACCCAGCCUUCUCUGGGCUUCCUGUGCUUCACCCUCAGGAAGCCACUGGACCAGGAGCAGAAGGAAGACCAGCAUGGCUAGUGCUGCUUCAUCACCUGCUCUAAUUCCUUUAAACUUGACUGUCUGCCCACGGGGAAGGUCUUAUUAGGUCCCCUCAAGACUAGGUGACAUGCCUAAGGCCAUACCAGGCAACUGGCCUCCCAGGGGCCACCCAACUCAGUCAGCCUCUGCAGCUCUGCCCGAGCACCCUGGGGAUCCCAGCAGGGGCACCCACCUGGACCUCCACUCAGCAGCCCUCCCCACAGCCCAUCUUACUGGCCAAGCUCCAGGACAAUCCAUGAGGACGACCCAGGGAGUGAAGGUGGGCAGGGAAGGAGGGGUUCCAGCUCUAGGGGUACUGGACAUGGGUUACAUUAACUCUGACUUGAGCUGCUCACAACUCCUGACUCGGGUACCCCGUCUGUAAAAUGGGAGCAAUGGUCUGCACCUGUUACAAGGCUUCAUUAAGGAGUAUGUGUCAUUCAGUGCUCACUGAGCUGGUGAAAAUCAGGAUUUCUUGGGCCAGAGAAGGAGGGGAGCGGGCCCAGGUUGCAGAGAGCUAGGGCCAUUCGGGAAACAAAAAUGCCUAACCAGAAAGUAGAAGUUGUCUGCAGUGUAAACCCCUCCACUUUCCCAACUUCUAGUGAAAUCUGCACAUAUGUGCAGUCAUGGACGUUAAGAACUAGCACUGAACCCUACAAUUGGGUGGACAUGAUGUAGACAUGGACUGAUCCACUGAAGCAGAAGCAGGCGUUUGGUGGGGAUGUAACCUGAGUCCUCCAAAGUCCCAGAAAACUGGAAGAGGGCAGUGAACAGGCCAUGUCUGUAGCACAGAGAAUAAAAUCACUCCUCUAUAAAAUCUAGAGUUUUGAAGCUCAGUUAUUAAAAUCAGCCCUGCCCCCAGUUGAAAGAUUCAUACAGCUCCCACAUGGGUUGUUAGGUGAAAACUAGCAGUCAUCCUCUGCCCGCUUCUCCUCGGAGGCAGCGCGUCACCUCCUCCAGCUGAUUGCUUUGGUAUUUACCUUCCUGUCUCUAAAUAACAUGCUUGUAUUACUACUUCUCACCUAGUCAGUUUUGUCAUAAUCUGUUGAUUUCCCGCUCGGGAAGAUGAGGAUUUAGCUCUUCGCUCACCUGCUCCCAACAUGCUCUCAACAACGAAACGCUGAUCUCGGCUGGCGCAGCAGCCCAUGUUUGCACCAGCACAGCCAUGCACAAGCCAUUCGCAGCUGAGACCAGGAGAAAACUAACUUUUAGCUCUGGCGCAGCUUCUUAUUUUCCCUGGAGGCUUUUCUCAUUCGCUUAGUUUCCAAUACAUUCAUCACUAACUUAGCCCCAAACUUUUACCAAGUCUUUAAAGCUCUUAAGAUCUUUGGACUCAACACGCUUCUUGAGGUUCUGGUCAAUAUGCUAAUUGAUUUUUUUAAAUUGUGAGAUUUGUAUUUUACUUAGUCUCAUUAGAGUUUAUAAUUAAUUCAUGAUUAUAUUUAAUGGAAUGUUCAGUAAUAAGAAAUAUUAAUGUACAUACUAUGUACUUUACUUCUUUACUGUGAGUUGUACCAUAAUGUAUAUAACAUCAUUUAGGAAAAAUAACUAAACAUUUUUUUAAAGAAUAUUUGGACUCCAUAGGUGUCCUCAUUUUCAUCUUCCUCACUACCCCAAAUGGAACUUCUUGUUGGACUCUUGUCUCUUGAUCCCAUGUCUUCCUGUUUCUGGUUUACUACCCCCCACCUU